CGCGGCCCGCCGUCGUCACCAGCAGCGCGCACACACUCAGUCACGGCGCGUCACUCUUCCCGCUCCCACACCGCCUCGCCGCAGUGACUUGCCCGCCGCGCCUCCCCUUCGUCUUCCAGCAGCCUCAGACGCCGCGGAGAGAGAGAGAGAGAGAGAGAGAGAGAGAGAGAGAGAGAGAGAGAGAGAGAGAGAGAGGAGAGAGAGAGAGAGAGAUCGCCUGGGAACCUUUACACUCCCCUGCUGCGAGAAGGCACGGAGAUGGUGACGGUCCGCACGCGUCAUCCCGGCAUGCGGCGCGGUUGUCCCCUCGUGAGCCAGGAGUGGAAGGUGUAGUGGUGUGGCGGCGAGUGUGGGCGCCUCCUCUCCACCACGUGCUGCACGCCCCGCCAUCGCUGGGCUGUCGAUGCGCCCCUCUAGCCGCCGCCGACGCUUAACUCGCCCGCCCGAUCUUCCACAGGAGCGGCAGCCGAGGACGAAGCUGACCAGUCUUAUCAACCGCGUGUCCUCCUCGGUGACUCCAGGGAGGGCGCAGAGGCGUGGCUAUUAAGAUUACGUCUCGCAGGUGCAGUGUGGGACGGUCUGCCCUCCGCUCAUCCAUCACGGGGAUUCCUGUGGGGCGCUGAGUCUAUGAACUGAGCCGGAAAGUGUGCCAGUAUCUGUUUAGACGGUGACAGAUUUUCCCGUUAAGAAUUCACGUAACAGUCUGACUCAAGGUGGUCUUUUCUAGUCAACGAGCAAACCUGAGGAGCAAUUAAGCAGCUGCGUUGUGACUUACGAGGCCAAGUGGUGCGUGUGGUGAGUGAUGAGCGACUCCCAGUGGUGCGGGAGGGAGAAAAGUAACACGUGUUGAUAGUCCAGGCCAGGCAGUGACAAGGCGUGCGAACUAUGAUGGAGCGAAAACACAGCAAGACAUGCGCGGCGCUGGUGCUGCUGCUGGCACUCAUUCUGACGCUGGGAGGACCGAACUCCGCACAUGGCAAGGUGCAACACCCGCCCGGUAUCCCCAAACCUUCCUUCUCUGAGCCCAUCAACAACAUCACUGUCAGCAAGGGGCGGGACAUCACCUUCACCUGUGUCGUGAAGCACCUGGGCCAAUACAAGGUGGGGUGGGUGAAGGCGGACACCAAGGCCAUCCAGGCGAUCCACCACCAGGUCGUGACGCACAACCCCCGUGUGUCAGUCACCUACAGAGACCGCACCACCUGGAACCUUCACAUCAAGAACGUGCAGGAGGACGACCGCGGGGUGUACAUGUGCCAGGUGAACACUGACCCAAUGAUUGCUGAGAUGGCGCACCUGGAGGUCGUGGUGCCGCCUGAGAUCGUGGACAACGCCACCUCUGGGGAGACAAUAGUGGAGGAGGGCAACUCAGUAACACUCACAUGCAAGGCCAGAGGAUUCCCGCAGCCCGUCGUGUCCUGGAAGAGAGAGGAGAAUGCCAGGAUUGUUCUCAGAGACCAAGGAAACAAGAAAGUGGUGACGACGGAGGGUGAGCAGCUGCACCUCACGCGGGUCAAGAGGUCGGACAUGGGCGCCUACCUGUGCAUCGCCAAGAACGGAAUCCCGCCCUCGGUCAGCAAAAGAAUAAUGCUCAAGGUCACCUUCUCCCCGCUGCUGGAGGUCCCCGUGCACAUGAUAGGCUCACCCAUCGGGAAGGAGGUGACCAUCAGGUGCCGCGUGGAGUCCUCCCCCAAGGCCGUGGCCACCUGGAGGAAGGACCCAGAGGAGCAAAUGAUAAUCAGCAGCAGGAAGUACAACGUGUCUGAGGAGCAGGAGGGAUUCUACGUCACCCACAUGAGUCUCACCAUUCGCAACUUCACGAGAGAGGACGCCACCACCUACCGCUGCGUCGCUAGCAACUCCCUCGGCUCCAGCACUUCCUCGGUACAAGUUUACGAGAUCCAGCCUCAGAAGCCCAGCGUGGUGAAGGUGGAGGAGGAGCGCAAGAUGGACAACCACAUCCCGAACCCAGACUCGGAAACAGACAAGGCGGAAGACUCCCACCCUCUGGACUUCGAUCAUUCCCUCAAGACAACUUACUUCCCCUCGGGCGGCGGCGACUCGGGCUUCGAAUCUGACAAUGAAAUCCCCAUAGUGGAGGAGGAGAUGCCGAAGAAGACCUCACGUAAUACAAUUUUCAGUAUCUUUAGUAACGCCGCCGCCCGGAAUGAGAUGACGGGCGGCCUACGGUUGGCGUGGGUGUGCGUGACUGCAGUCCUCCACUGGCCGCUCCUCGCCUUCAUCCCACCCCUCUAGAAGCUCAUGAAUAGGUGUUGUUGUUGUAUCUAUUCUAGAAUGUGUUGUUGUUAUGAUUGACGUUACUCGAUCCUCAGCUGAAUCCUCUCCAGACCAACAUCAGUCCGCCUUCCGAACGAAAACACUUCCUUCGCAGUCAGAAAAGUCAGUUCUGUUCCGCUUUCUUUCAGUAGAUCACAGCGGGGCAGGAACUUGAGAAGCCAGCCUUUAAACCAAACCCCCGGUACAGUCAUGGCCAACCAAUGAGUCACGUGCCACAUUCACCUUCACUGCAUAGUCUUUCCCUCAAUCUGAAGUCCUCGAGUCUGCAGUGAGUAUCAGUAGCCAGGUUUUGUUGCUACCAGCUGAUCAGGGGACGUCAGAGAGAGAGAAGACAAGGAACACAGUGGAAGUGAGUGAGGCAGGUGACGUGACUUGUGCUCGCUACUGUACAUAACUCCGUCAGGAUGGUGUUAGUGGCCGCAGCCCCUAAUCGAUACCUAGCUCAGGUGACCUAUCAUGGUUUUCACGUGUUCUAGUAGCGUGGCGCACCGGGAGAGGACGGACGCUGUUGUGACUGGCUAUGUGAACGACGCGAGACGAUUACUGAAGUGUAGAAGGACGGCGGGUGAUGCGAAGAAACCUUAAUGCUUCCUAACCACGAUAUUUAACCGAUGGGAAGUGUCAUCUAGUGAACAACGAAUAGAAAACGUAAUACUCGGACUUAUUUCCUGUUCCCUCUGUCUCCGGAGUCCCCGUCACCUGUUUCUCUCCCCCUUCCUCCCCUCUUCCUCCCUUCCUCCGACUGAACGUGACUCCUAGCGUAGACUGAAGUAAAUAUAUAUAUACAUAACUAUAAAUAAAAGAACUAUCAGUGUAAAUAUAGGCGAAAUAAGGAUGUUUUUACCCGUAUUUAGAAGAUCAAACUAGUGCUUCCAUUGUUCAUAUCAAAAUAACAGGGUCUCUCUUUCACACCGUCAUGGCUGGUUGACACACACACACACACACACACACACACACACAAACACACACACAUUAGAAAUCCACAUGUAGAGAAGUAAGAAAAGUAUGGAACACACACACACACACACACACACACACACACACACACACACACACACACACACACACACACACACACACACACACAUACACACACGAGUGCUUUUCUAGAUAAAGACGCGUCACGCUCACGGCCAGAAAGAGAUCUUCAGUGUGCUACUUGCGAUGAAGCGUGAACCACAGGCGGAAUUUAUUGUUGAUGUUGUUGUUGUUCUUGUUGUUGUUGUUGUUUACCGUGGAGGAAACGUACCCUCUUUUAUUCAGUUAAUUAGUUUGCUUUAAGUUUUAUUUUCUUUGAAACUAAAAAUGCAGGAGUGAAAAAGCUUAGUUUUUUUUUUUUCCCUUUUUUUUUUUUUUUAUCUCCUGUGAAAUCUUAAGACAUGGAAACGAUAUAUGAAAGUACGAGGUUUUUCUUCAUGGUGUAUUUGUGGUCUACGUACGCAAUGCUGUAUAUGGUGAGGUAUUCUCGUAUGAUGCUGACUGUGGGAUGAAAAUGUGAGUGGAAAAACAGCAAACUUCGAAGUACUGAGAUGGUAUACUUGUAAAAAAGUCUUAAAUAUCUUUCAGUGAAUAUAAUAAUAUCAAAAUACCCACGUCUUCUGAAAUAUCAUGAGGUGUAAUUUCAGAAGGAUAAUUCUAAGUAAAAAAAAAAAAAAAGAUGGAUAACAUUUACUAAAAAGAAAACUAGUCAAAACAGGAAAGAAAAGACAAAACAAGUGAUGGAAAAGAGAACUCCAAAUUAUUGAUGACUUAAAAUCAAAUUAGAAAACAAACAAAUAAAAAAUGAAGAGAACAGAACUGAUGAAAUGUAGGCAAGAAAAUUAAAAACUGAACACGACAAAAACGAAAGACGGAGAAGCAAAAAAUAUACAGAAAGAAAACUCAAAAUAAGACAAAAAAAAAUAAUAGUAAAGUCAAGAAAGAAAAUUGGCAGGUGGAAAACAAAAAAUGACAAAUCGUGGUUCGCAAUCAGCAAUUAUUGAAUGUAAAUCGAAUCACGCCGCGUGUUCUGAGCUGACGCGGCGGAAGUUAGCGAAUGUGCGUGUGCAUCUGUACGUAUGUUGAAAUGCAUGUACGUAUAUGUAUGUGACUACGAAUAGAGUGAGGGAGAAUACAGACAUACACACAAUGAUUAUGGGGGUUAUAUGAAGAUCAGCCACGCAGAAUGUACAUAGGUUAGGUUAGGUUAAGUUCAGUUAAGUUAGAUUAAGUUAGGUUAUGUAUGAGUAAAACAAUUUAACCUAACCUAACUUAGCGAAACUAUCUAACCAAAUGUAGCUGAAAAGACUGUUAGGUUAGGUUAAUAUGAGCAAGGUAACAGGCUAACCUAACUCAACCUAUCAGACAAACCUAACCUAACUUAACCUAACAAGUACCGUUGCAUUGGCUGUUCUUCAAGCAGUCCCACUGUAUAUAAUUCGUAGGAUGUAUAUGAAAGGAUAUGUGAUUAUAUAUAAAUAUAUACCUAACUAUAUACACAAUACAUAAUGAAUAAAUAAAUAUAUAUACACAAACCGUACGUGUUUUGUGCGUGUAUAGGAUCUUGUAUCACUAUAACCAUGCAUAUCGACAAUAAAUUUAUAUAAACACA